CAACUCUUUCAUCCGUGUCAUGAAUCAUGAUUCUCAAGUUUUAUUCCUCUUCCUAACUAAACAUCAAAAUCUCAACACUCACCAAAUGAUCCACCAGAGAGACUGACGGACACGUUGUACUACUGUUUCAUGUGAGUUGAGGAAUCAAAUCAAUGAAGUGGCAUGACCCAUUCCAAUCAUAACCUUGUAGUAAAAGUGAAGAUCUAUCUGUAAAAAGUUUUCAUGCACAAAUUUCAAAGCAACAGUUGAAUAGGACGGUUUCAUGGUGGAAACCAACAUGGAUACACGCCUUUCUGUUAAUUAGAAUCAAAUUUAAUUAUUAAAAGAAUUCUGUAAGGUCGAAGUCAUGCACUAAAACAUGCUUAAUUAAUAAAUUAAGUAAUAAUCAAACUACAUUUUUAUGAUUCAACGUACUAAUAUACACGUGUCAUGAUCUACUUUACUUUAAAUUUACGUCCUUUAAUCAUUUUUUCCCAUCUUCUUCCAAGUAGUUAAGCUGUAUUGUAUUCGAUUUCAAUCAUCACACCUCUCUGUUUCUCUCUGUUUUUUUUUCUCUCUCUCUCUAGAUUAAUUUUUUAGAGUUCAAUUUGAUUCAUGGCAGAAAAGAAUUCAACAAUUGUGUUGAAGGUUGAUCUUAAUUGUUCAGAAUGCUGCAAGAAAAUCAAGAAAACUCUAUGUAGACUCAGUUGUGAAAUUCGGAGCCAGAUAAUCGAUAAAAAGACGAACACAGUGGUGAUCACUGGUCCGUUUGAUCCCAAUUGCAUGGCCAGGAAGCUAUGUUGCAAGGCAGGAAAAGCGAUCAAAAGCUAUGAAAUCAUACUUCCUAAACCGGACCCACAGAAAGAGCCUGCUCCUGCACCAGAACCAGCUCAAAAGAAACCAGAACCAGCACCUGCACCAGCUCCAGCGCCAAAGGAACCAGAACUAGCACCUGCACCAAAGGAACCAGAACCAGCACCGGCACCUGCACCAGCACCAGCAGCAAAGGAGCCAGAACCAGCACCGGCACCAGCACCAGCGCCUAAGGAACCACCAGUACGUGUACCAAUCAUAUUUGAACCUGAACCAAUAACAGUUCCUGGAUUUCCACCAAAUUUCGGGACAUGUUGUGGGCAAUGUUAUCAAGGACAUGGUGGAGGGCCAUGUUACAAUGGUUUUGGAGCACCACUGCCCUUUUUCGAUGAUUAUAGAAGGCCACCAUCACAACCACAGCAGCCAUGUUUUGAUGGUUUCGGAAGGCCACCACCGCAACUACAACCGUGCUUUGAUAAUGGUUAUUAUGGAAGAAACAAGGGUUAUGUUCGUUGUGAUUAUUUUAGUGAAGAGAACCCAGCUAGUUGCACAAUAAUGUGAGCAAACUUGGUGGUUGGUCACUUAUAUCUUCAAUUGAGUUUUGGUCACAUAAGAUGCCUUAUCUAGCGCAAAUGAUGAUCAAUAAAUAUUUUUUAAUAUAUAAAUUGUAUGUGUCGUGCAAGGAUGCCCUACAUACGAGAAAAGCUCGAUUUGUUGUACCCUUUUGGUUGAAUUUAAGAGAUAUAUCUGUCGACAAAA